GCUGACCUCAACAGAAGUCUCGAUGUAAACAGCGGCACAGUUCAGACAUUGUUACACUGUAUUGCUGGAAUGGAAUGUUGCGCUUGUUACACUUGUAGCGGUUCUUUUGAAGUUUAGAACGUUCAACGGUUACAUCAUUGAAUGCUUCAGUGUUACAGAUUGUGUGUCUCGUGAGCUGCCGCUGUGAGGUGUGAGGCCUGUUGAGGUUAGAAGAGCUGGAGGAGCCGUGACCGAGACGAAACGGAAACACAUUCACAGAACAUGGGUGAGGAGGGACCGCCUAGUCUGGAGUACAUCCAGGCCAGGGAUCUGUUUCCCCAGAAAGAUCUCGUCAAAGACGACGACAGUCUACAGGUUCCGUUCCCCAUCCUUCAGGGCGAGUGGGUGGAGUUUUUGGGUCAUGCAGACGAUGCCAUCAUUGCGAUCUCCAACUAUAGACUCCACAUCAAGUUCAAAGACUCCAUCAUCAACAUGUAUCCUGGUGUGGACAGUGAAAUAUCUGUUCCUCUCAGGCUUAUAGAGAGUGUGGAGAGUAGAGAGAUGUUUCAACUACACAUCAUCUGCAAAGACUCCAAAGUAGUGAGGUGUCAUUUCUCGACAUUAAAGCAGUGUGAGGAGUGGCUGAAGCGUUUGAACAGAGCGGUCGCACACCCGGCCCGUCUCGAGGAUCUGUUCGCCCUCGCGUACCACGCCUGGUGUUUAGGAGGGAACACGGACGACGAAGAUCAACACCUGCACCUCUGCAGACCAGGUGAGCAUGUGCGGCACAGGAUGGAGGUGGAGUUGAAUCGGAUGGGAUUUGACAUGCAGAACGCCUGGAGAGUGUCUGAUAUCAACAACAACUACAAAUUGUGUUCCAGUUACCCUCAAAAACUGCUGGUGCCUGUUUGGAUCACGGAUAAAGAGCUGGAGAGCGUGGCUUCCUUUAGGUCCUGGAAGAGAAUUCCUGUGGUGGUGUACAGACACCAGCGUAAUGGUGCGGUGAUCGCGCGCUGCAGUCAGCCUGAGAUCAGCUGGUGGGGCUGGAGAAACACAGAGGACGAGUAUCUUGUGACGUCUAUAGCGAAGGCGUGUCAGCUCGACCCGGGCCCACGGGCUUGCCGAACCAGAGGAGACGGACCGGACGCGUCCGAUAGUGACUUCGACUCAUCUCUUACGGCUUGCCCCGUUCCAGACGCCAGCACAGCGGUCCAGAAGUUGUUGAUUCUUGAUGCGCGCUCUUACACCGCUGCGGUGGCAAACCGCGCCAAGGGAGGAGGCUGCGAGUGUGAAGAGUACUAUCCCAACUGUGAGGUGAUGUUUAUGGGCAUGGCCAACAUCCAUUCCAUCAGAAACAGCUUUCAGUCGCUCCGAACGGUUUGCAGUCAGAUUCCAGAUCCUGGCAACUGGCUCUCUGCUUUGGAAAGUACCCGUUGGCUCCAGCACCUGUCCGUCAUGUUGAAAGCGGCCACUCUGGUGUGCUCUGCAGUGGAGAGGGAUGGGCGACCCGUCUUGGUUCAUUGUUCUGACGGCUGGGAUCGCACGCCUCAAAUUGUGGCCCUCUCGAAGAUCCUUUUGGAUCCCUUCUACAGAACCAUAGAGGGUUUUCAGCUGCUGGUUGAGACGGAGUGGUUGGAUUACGGUCAUAAGUUUGCAGAUCGCUGUGGUCAUCAGGAGAAUGGAGAUGAUGUCAGUGAACAAUGUCCAGUGUUCCUGCAGUGGUUGGACUGUGUGCAUCAGCUGUUGAAACAGUUUCCCUGCCUGUUUGAAUUCAACGAAGCCUUUCUGGUGAAACUGGUUCAGCACACAUACUCAUGUCUGUACGGCACUUUCCUGUGUAAUAACGCUAAAGAACGUGACGCACGUAAUGUAUAUAAACGCACCUGCUCUGUCUGGUCCCUCCUGCGCACCGGCAACAAGAACUUCCAGAACUUUCUCUACAUCCCCUGCCAUGAUAUGGUUUUGCAGCCGGUGUGUCACACACGUGCUCUGCAGUUGUGGACGGCCAUUUAUCUGCCAACGUCUUCCCCAUGCACAGCGGCCGAAGACGCCAUGGAGAACUACCUGAGCCCGUCAGCACAGGGAGAAGAGUUCACGGCACGCUCUCUGGACAGGCUCCCCAAGACGAGGUCAAUGGACAACUUGUUGUCCGCUUGUGAGAAUGGAGUGAUGCUCACUCGCACCUCAAGUGACCCCAACCUUAACAAGCACUGCCAGGAGGGGCGCACAGCCCUGGAGUCCAAUCAACCAAUGAGCAUCCAGAGUGGUGGUUUUUCCGAAUCCCCCGAGGAUGAACCAGUCCUUGGGUUGGUCAGUGACGAACAGGAGAUGGCGACAUGCGUUGAAGUUAGUGUUUUAGCAUUGCCUGAGCCACAUGAGGAACUAAGGGUCGAGCCUUGUUUGACUACACAACCGCUGCCAUAUUUGCCCCACCCCUUAGCAUUAGAUAUGACUCCACCCCUUCCUGUUUUAAAUCAAGCCUUGGCUCAAAUCUCAAGUGGUCCACUCCCACCGUUACCACAGGAAGUGCAAGCCAGGACUGCUGAAAUCACUUCCCUCAUCAACACUACAACAAAUCCACCUCCUGUAUGUAAUGUCUUUGCACACGACGAGAACGGAUCUGUGAAUUCGGAGUCGCCUCCCUUGGCAGAGCUCUUCCAAACGAUACCACCUCUCGCGCCAAUGGAAGCUUCCGUAGAAACCCUAACGGAGCAGAGUGACAUCUCUCCAGCUCGGAAAACCAUUUCUGUCAAAUCGCAAAGCCCACUGGAAGCAAAGCCGGUUGAGUCUGUACGAAAUGGCGAACUUUCUACGAGAGAACGAGCGAUGGUCGCCACGCCUCCUGGUGACUACGCCAAAGUGGCACGAUGCCUGAUAUCCCAGAGCCGGUUGACCGACCUCUCCCUGCUCGGCUCCCAAUGGGACAGCGUACAAGGCCUGGUCCAGUCGGCCUGCGGUGGCGCCAUCCAACACGGCAGCUAUCACGGUCGUCGCUUGGCUAACAAGCUCCUCCAUACCCAUGGAGGAAGCGCCAACGGCGGGCCGUGCUGUCGUCGAGACCCUCUGCGUGCUCCUGGAAGUCCGGUGCAGUCUGGCUGGUUCUCAGCGGUGAAACACUCAAGCUAUGCCGCCCUGUGUUCUUCAGCGGCCUCUUCGUUAGUAAUGGGACCACCUUUCCGGCAGCUUCUACCGCCCCAUUCCUCGCCGUCCUCCGAUGGGUCGCCAGCUCUGUCUCAGACGCCCGCGUACCUUGAUGAUGAUGGUUUGCCAGUCGCAUUGGACGCCGUGCAGCAGCGACUGCGACAAAUUGAAGCGAGUUAUAAACAAGAAGUUGAGGUCUUGAGACGACAGGUCAAACAGCUCCAGUUGAAAUUGGAAAGUAAACAGUUCUGCGCGACGCCCUCCGAGCCAGAUGUCGACUAUGAAGACGAUAUUACUUGCUUGCGUGAAUCAGACGGCAGUGAUGAAGAAGACUCGCUGUCCAAUCACAGUGAAGAUCGUUUCAGCGAGGGCAGCUGGGACCGCGUGGAGAGGAAGGACACAGAGGUCACCAGAUGGGUUCCCAAUCACAUGGCCUCACACUGUUUCAACUGCGACUCUGAGUUCUGGAUUGUCAAGAGGCGCCAUCACUGCAGGAACUGUGGUAAUGUGUUUUGUAAAGACUGCUGCCACCUGAAGCUUCCCAUUCCAGACCAGCAGCUGUACGACCCGGUGCUGGUGUGUAACACCUGCUACGACCUUCUACUGGAGGCACGCACACGAGACCUGCGCUCGCAACAGCUGAAGAAACCCAUUGCCACAGCAUCCAGCUGAGACGGCCAAUCAGAGCUCACCCAGCGGGCCAUAAGGGCAGGGGUGUCCAGAUGCCCGUUAUUUAGCGGAAGAGCCGCUCUCUGCUUAUAGAGACGAGGUGAUUUUGAGUCCAGGACUGAGAAAGACUGAUCUACACGAGGGAGAGGAUGAAUCGAGAGUGAUGAAAAGGGACGUAUCAGCGGAGGUGAACUAAACGAGCGCAUUUCCAGUUCUGCUGGUAAAUAAGUAGACCCUUGGGUUCUGAUGCCCAGAGAGCCAUUUCGUCAUCUCAGAAUCACCCCGUGCCACCCACACUCACCCACACUCGAAGGACGAUCGACUCCAAAUCCCUGUACGUGUCCAACAAGAGGCUCACUAUUUAAAAUGAAAAAAAAAAAAAAGCUGCUACGGUAUUUAAAAAAUGACUUUAUUCUACUUUUGUAUCCUUCAUUUUGGGCACUAUGGAGAGGAUUGGAGACCAAAACGGAAAGAUUUGCUGUUGUGUGUUGAUACGCAGCUGUAGGAAGCUUUAUGGGGUGCAAAUGUACUUAAUCUGCCAGUUUGCAUUGAUUUAAAUGCCAUUAUUUUUCGUUAUGGUUAAUGGGGCAGUGCACAGAACAUUAUAUUGGUUUUUUUUUUCUUUUCUUCUGAAUUGGCUAAUCGACCACUUUUAGCGUCCCGAAACCCUUCAGAACCCUUC